AGGGAUGACCAGAGACUGCGGACAGUACAGGGGAUGACCAGAGACUGCGGACACAGUACAGGGAUGACCAGAGACUGCGGACACAGUACAGGGGAUGACCAGAGACUGCGGACACAGUACAGGGAGAUGACCAGAGACUGCGGACACAGUACAGGAGAUGACCAGAGACUGCGGACACAGUACAGGGAUGACCAGAGACUGCGGACAGUACAGGGAUGACCAGAGACUGCGGACACAGUACAGGGAUGACCAGAGACUGCGGACACAGUACAGGGGAUGACCAGAGACUGCGGACAGUACAGGGAGAUGACCAGAGACUGCGGACACAGUACAGGGAUGACCAGAGACUGCGGACACAGUACAGGGAUGACCAGAGACUGCGGACACAGUACAGGAGAUGACCAGAGACUGCGGACACAGUACAGGGAUGACCAGAGACUGCGGACACAGUACAGG